GAUUUUGGGCGGCAAGAUGUAUCGCUGUCAAAAAAGAUCUUGAAGUGUUGUUCUUCAAUCACUGGAAGUUCAUUCAGGGUGUUAUUCGAUUGAUUUCAUUGUGAUUCUUUUCUUUUAUUUUCAGAAAAGUUGCAGGAUGCAGGAUUGGCAAUUGCUUCUUAGUUUUUAACAAAUCUUUAUUAAGAAAAAUUCCAAGCAUUUUACUAAUCUUUAAAAUUCCAACCCCAAUUCCAGGCCGGCAAGUGCAUGUUCAACCGGGAUCUGGCGAUCGCCAACAUCAGCGAGUGGGCCAUCAUGCCGAAGAACGAGGACGGGCUGGCGUUUGCCGUGUGGAAGGUGGGCCCGAUUGCAGUCAGUUUAAAUGCGGCACCAAAGUCCUUCCAGCUGUACAAAACCGGCAUCUACGACGACGAGGCGUCCUGCGACAACUCGAAGGUGAACCACGCUAUGCUCCUGGUCGGCUACACGCCCACCUACUGGAUCCUGAAGAACUGGUGGGGCAGCUGGGGCGAGGACGGCUACAUGAAGCUGGCGCGGGGCAAAAACAUGUGCGGCAUCAGCAACUACGCCUCGUACGUCACGAUCGCGUAAUAAAGUCUACGUACUUUUUUCGUCUU